AUGCCGAUGCUCACUACCAUCUCCUUCCUCGCCAUCGCCGGCAUCGUCGCCGUGGGCGCACCCACCGUCUACUCCCGUGUCGUUCCCCUGGCCCACAAGCCCAUGAGGCGCGAGCCGGCGGGCACCGUCGCCUUCUUCAACCCCGCAGACGGUGGAGGUUCCAUGUUCAUCGACGCUGGUAACGGGCUCGGCGAACCCCUUAACGUCAUCGUCUCGGGACUCAGCUCAGCUGACGUCCUGACCACCGAUGGCAUGACCAACUUCGCCAGGGCGAUCGGCCUGUCGACGGAGUGUCUGGGCAUUCACCUCGGCAACCCCUUCGCCGCCAACCUCGGCGACGGCCACGGGGCUGUCAAUCAGACCUCCGAGCUCCGCGAGGACUUUGGCAACGCCGAGCUCGGCACCUGCCUUGAGUCUCUCUUCGGCGGCAACCACUUCCGCCUCUACUUCCAGAACGGACCCUCCGCAAACAGCGGUGCCGCGUUCCUCGCCGUCUCAAAGGAAGAAGACGCGUCCCAGAACCACAACAUCGUCCCGGACGGCUACAACGUCGGCCGCGACCUUCUUGUGUCCUCUGCGGUCGGAACCACGUCCUUCGGCGGUGUCACGUACUCGACGACCGCGCAGAACGUCACCGGGCUCAUGCCCGCCGGCUCUGCGGGCGUCAACCACGGUAUCGCCGUCGACGGCAUCGUCACCGUCCUCACUGUGACGAUCCAGUGA